CACUCACCACUUACCUCUCUCAAAACUCGCCUUUGGUAUGGCCGGUUCACUGCUCAUUGUGGGCUUCUGUGUCUGCGGUGUGGUCGUGGCUCUGCUGCUUGUUCUUGCCUGCCUGUGGUCGACGCCGCUCGGCCGCUCCUUGCGCAUCGCUCGCCAGGUUCUCCGGCCGGUCCGCGCGGGCAUGAUCGUGCUCAACGAGCCGGGUGCUACGGGUGUGAGCCAUGGUCAAGGAGCGUCGAGCUCAGAUGAAAGCGUCAGCGUGACCGAGAGCUCGGGCGUUACCGAUGGGCGAACGAGAGCGACAACUGGGAGAGCAACGAGAAGACCGACGACGGUGUGGCAAUGGACGACGUGGCGGUGGCGCUUGAUGAUGACGGAGAAGGAGACGCGUCGCGGGAGAGGCUGGAUGUAGCGGCGCUCGCACGGCGGAUCAACGGUGCAGUCUUGACGUUGUACGCAGAUCAUUUGUCGGACGACGGGCGGCAGGUCGACUACGCGUCGAUGCGGGCGUCGACGGCGUUUGGGCAGUAUGUGGCAGAGGUGGCGCGGCUGGCGGACGAGGUCACAGUCGACCAGCUCUGCGAUCUGACGGACGACCAGGUCAAGGCCACGUUUAUCAAUUUAUACAACGCGAUCGUCAUUCAUGCGACAGUUGUGCGCGGAGCGCCGGGCGACAUGGCUCAGCGCACUUCGUUCUUUGCCCAGUCGGCGUACCGCAUUGGGGGGGAGCUCCUCUCGCUUGACGACAUCGAGCAUGGCGUGCUGCGCGGCAACGCGGUCCACCCUGCGCCGUGGUUCCGCGGCUCGCAACUCGACGUGGCUCGCAGGCCGCAGCUCGCGGCGCUGGCGGCGCGGAUGCGGCCGGUCGACCCCCGUAUCCACUUUGCCCUGGUCUGCGGCGCAGUCUCGUGCCCGCCGAUCCGGGUAUUCACCUCGCGGAAUCUCGAGUUUGGCCUCGACGCAGCGGCGGCCAACUUUUGCAGCCAGAGCGUGCGCGCGGUCGGCGAAAGAGCGCUUGAGCUCUCGUCGAUCUUCAAGUGGUAUGCGUGCGACUUUGCACCGUCGGUGGUGAGCUGGCUCGCCGAGCGCUCAGACCAGCUCUUUCGCAGCUCUGAGUCUCCCGAGGCCGAUGUGCUUGCGGUACUUGCAGCCGCACAGCGUGGCGAGCAGGUCUCGCUCAGCUACGCAGCGUACGACUGGUCACUCAACGGGCACUGAGCGAGAGCGGCCGCGCGCGGCGGCGGGCGGCCGGCUACACCUCGCCCGGCUCCAAGUUGUCGCCGGGGUGUGGAGUUGGCGCUGCGCCAUAUUCGCUUGCCAAGCCUGCAUCCCAGCCAUCGUCCGGGAGUUCGACAUGGCGCAUGGAAGGUGCAGCCAUGCCUGCGCGAAAGUCGGCGACGACGUCGGGCCGGGUGGCGAGGCAGUGGGCGAGCUGGCGCUCAAACAGCGCAAGCGCACGUGUGUAGAGCUGCAGAUCGAGGGCGUUGUGGGCAAGGACAAGGGCGGCAAGCUCGUCGUCAACGUCAAAGAGGCGCAUGCCAUCGGUCUUGUUGGCAACAAGCGAGUGCGAGGCAAAGGCGACGCCGAGAUUGUGGGCGUCGAUGCCGACACGACAGGAGAGGAGGACGAGCGAGUCGUUGAACCGCUCGGCAAUGCCUACGAAAGCCAUGGACGCCACAUGCUUCCACGCCAUCUCGAGCAUGGCGUCUGGCGAGGGGUAGACUUCAUGGGGAUGGGCGUCCGAGUGGCCAGCGAGCAUGGAAGUCAUGCGGUUCGAGGCUCCGACAGCGUUGGCUGGCUCGGUGACGUAUGCCGCGCAGCCGUCACGGGUGGGCGCACCCGGUGCGAUCAGGCCCGAAUCCCAGAUGCAGUCCUGGCCGGCGUUAAACUUGUACUCGGAAA